GAAUAAGAAAUCCGCAAUGGACCAAGAGGCGCCUGAAGUCCUUGAACUGAGCCAAGGUGUGACACUGCUCAAUCUGAGCACAGAAUCCGGCUUCUAUUCCGAUUGGAAGCAAGCCUACCACGUGGAUACCGAGCAGGCCAUAUUGAAUCCAUAUCCAACGGACACGAUCAUGCCGUCAAUCACACGAUCGAUCUCCGCUGUCUGCGCUCAGCUCCAGCUUUCACACACUGUAGAGUUUUCUUCGAUCGACACGAUGGAACAGUUGCUGAUCAAGAUUAUUGCCGAAGGCGGUGGAGCUUCUGGGGCGAGAACAAACUUUCUGCAACAAGUUCCCGUGUAUGUCGUUAGUGUGGUGAGCGUGGUUAGUAAGUACUUCGAUGCUCAUACUGCACUCGAUCGGAAUGCGAUCAAGCGGUUGCUAGCAAACAGCAAUCCUGCCUUUGUCUGGUCGGACAAACGAAUGAUGGAAUUGGAAUUCGAAAUACUCAAAACGUUGAACCACAAGAUUUACCAUUCGCUGCUGCUGGGUGCGGUUGAGCGCUUUUCAAAGGAUCACAUCUUAACACUCGGCGUCGUCCGGAAGGAUCUUUUCGGAUCGUUCGGUAUUAAGCUACUACGAGUGGUUUAUGCGCAGAAAUUCAACAUCUACCAGAGCUUGCGGUCUCGUGUGUGUUCCGAGGACAUGUUUGUACGGUUCAAGUCGAACAAAUUGAUUCUGGCAGCCGCGAUUGUGAUGGCUGUCAUGAAGCUGUGCUCUUGUGACCAACAGCAAACGCAAGAUCGCGUCGUCGACACUUUGUCCAACGAAUGUUUUGUCGAAUCGUUGAACAUAAUUUUCUUACGGGAUGCUAUUUUGAGUGUAUUAGACUAA